AUGUCUUCCGACGGUACAACCUCUACAGUGCAGGAGCUGCGCAGCUUUGUCUCUUCUGUAUCUAAUCUGCGUGUGUUCCCUGUCAUCCUCGCCACCGCGCUCUUCGCGCUCUUCACGGCCAUCAUGGCCAUCGCGCUGAAACUCCAGCUGGGCCGUGGCUUUGGCGAUGCGCGCGCCCGGCAGUUCCUGCUCACCGCGACGCUCACGAUGUAUCUCAUGUCCGCCAUUGUAUGGUCGCUCGACCUGAGCCUGCUUUGGCGCGAGCUGUACCGGCUACUCCCCGGCGUUCUCCCCGACACCUCCUCACGCCCCAUCCCCGCCGCCAUCCAGACCUUCGACGCUGAACUGUUGGUGGCGCACACAGUCUGCACGUACAUCAACCUCUUGUUGUGCGACAUCGUCAUUCUCUGGCGCGCUUAUGUGCUCUACGAACGCCCUCGCUGGCUUCUCCUGACGUCUUCGCUCUUUAUGAUCAUCGCUUUUGUCACGUAUAUUAUCUGCGCCACCCUCGCCGCCCUGACCUACCUCCCCGACCCAUCUCUAUCAAUCACGAGCUUCCUCACACGCACCAUGCCCGGCAACUUCGAGCUCCAGGGCUUGCUGAUCGCUAACUCGGUCAGCGUCGCUCUGACGCUCCUCGCCAACGUCUUCGCUCUCGGUCUAAUCACACACAAGGUCAUGAUACAUCGCAGUGCGAUCCAGAACCUGAUCGUCAAACGCCCCCACACCCAAAUCCAGACCCUCGACAUCCUGACCAUGAUCGCCGAGUCCAACCUCGUUUACACCUGCUUCCUCAUCCUCUACAUCGUCAUGUACGCGGGUGCCUUCGGCCGCACCGCCUACAACUACGCGAUCUUCCUCAUCGCGCCCCUGUCGGGCAUGUACCCCACGCUCGUCGUGCUCCUCGUCUCGUUGAAGAAGACCGUCCUCGAGCGCGGCUUCUCGCGCAUGAGCAUGUCGUCUUCCGCCGCGUCGACCGCGGUGCCGUCGCAGUACAGGCGCGUCGGAGGCGGCCUGGGGACAUGGGAUCAUGAGCUCGGUACGAAUCCCGGCUCGCCGAGGAGUCCGGAGAGCACGUAUGCGGGCUCGUUGAGUGGGAGCACGGUGUUGGGUAUGAGCCCGCCUGUCAAGCCUAACAGGAUACUCUCGUUCCAGGAUGUGGAAGAGAAAUCUGUAUUGUAG